ACGCGGAUGUGUGGGCUGAAACAGGUGUUGACUGACACAUCGUUCCGUUCACUUACAGUCUGCGUCAUUGUGACCAAACAAAAUAAAUAGCAUUUUGUAUCGUGCGCACCAGCAGCUCCUUCCGGAAACAUCUCACAGACCAGCUGAUGACGCCUCUCACUGAUAAGGACAGAGACAAGCCUGACGUGCACAGUGGAUGUGGCAACACUUACUAUUCACCGAGAGGACAAGUACUCAGGAGCUUGAUGCAAUGAAUAUUAUCUCUCUCGAGGCACACAGUGUACCUCUCAUUUAUGUUGAUCUCCCCUAUAACUCGUGCAUUACAGUAAACAAUCGUUCUAAAUCAUUAUUUAAUUCGCGAACUGCCAAACAACUGAUUAGCGAGCACUUGCGUCACACCACCUACAGUUACCAGUUCAAGAUUACUUGUCUAGCAUCCGAGAGUCGGCUCAGUGUGUUAGCAAAUAUAGCACGUGUGUAUUUCGUUGCUGUGACACCUUCUCACGAAACACUGUUUAUGGGGAUAAUAAUCUGGACACUGCUCCUGUGUUUCUUGUAGCGAGGUUGAAGCGGCUUGGAAUAUUGGGAGCUCUGCGUGGGAGGGUGUAACUUCCCUCAGUGCUGACGCUCGUCAGUGUGGCUCCUGACAACGGGAGGAGUGCGUUUGAACUGUAUGUACGAUCAAAUCCACGUGCCGGUAGUGGAUAAAGCUCCUCACGCGAUAAUAUUAAGCAAUAUGGAAAGCCAAGUAGCUAGUGUCAUUGAUGCUGACCAGGAGAGAGACGCCAGUGGACAGCGUGCGGGAAGGAAAGGAAAGAAAGUGUUGGCGUUUAUUGUCGAAGGAGAAGUGCAAACAUGUGGUCAGCAGUAUGAGGUGAAUGGUUCAGAUUCUGGUAGUGCUGCCCUGCCUACCUGUCACGCAGAUGAUAGUGUUGCCCACCAAACAACAGAAAAAGUGGCCGUGUCGCCACUUUCCGAUUCUAAAACACAGGCUGUUUACUCACGAAAAGAGACUGAACCUAAGGCAUUACAGGUUCAGCCUGAAGGCAUCACGGAGUCUGCCUUACCGACCAAAACAAACAAGUGUCUUUCAAUGGGUAGUGGUGGCGACACCACCUCAGUCCACCAGUUCUUCCUUCCUUCUGACGAUGAGGUGGACAAUGCAGUACAAGAGAAUGGGGAGUUAAAUGGACACACUGAGGAAUUGGUGCCACCACUUGGUCUCGACUAUAGAAUGUUCCAUGAACCUCGUCUUCCCAAAAUAGCAACAGCACCCGCCAAGGCAGGUGUUAAGUUCUGUGGCUCGAAACACGUGUUUACUGUUGUGCCUGUUGGCAGUGGAGAGUUACGGACUGGUAAUAAAGAACCACAGACCAAAGAACAACAGACCAUCUCUGCACCCACGGAGGUUGUAAGAGAGACGGAUGCAACACAGAUGCCCUCAGUUAAAAGUCAGAUAUUCCCGACAUGCUUCCAUUAUUCUCCUUACAAUACCGUGAAGGGAUCACCUGUGGGCCGUCGGAUGGCCUAUAGCCCCUAUCACACAGUAACACGAGGAGGCCAGCUUCCAGCGGCGUACAACCACUACCACACCAUCACAGGCCUGGAGCUCUCCUCCUACCAGCGAUCAGAGCACGGCCCGGGCUUGAGGCGAGUUACCUCCAAGCGGGAAUACGGGGUGGGCGGGUCGUCAGCCCUGCCCGCGCUGUUCAACGUGGUGGGGAGCACCGCCUCAUCACCCUUCUCAUCCAAAGUGUCUUUAGGAGCGGCUGGGACACCCCCCCUUCCUUCGGGGCUGCACCGCGUACGUACGUUACCAUGUCCUUCCCCUGGAAUUCUCAGCGUGUUCCCAGAGGAGGGUGCCCAGCCCUCCCUUGUAGGAUCGGAGUGUCCCCUCCCACCUGAACACACCACAGUGCAGUCACUCAACCAGAUGACUGUGCGCUCUGCUGGAGGUCUUAGCAUCGACGUGGGCAGCACCGACGGUCGUAAUGUAAAGAUACACGGUGCGGUGGAAUGCCCGGAGCAGCUGCCUCUCCUGCCUUCCGUUCCUGGGAACGGAAAGAACGAGGGAGCCAUGAAGGAGGAGGAGUCCCGCCAGACAUGGGAGAACAAGGCACAGUUCAUUCUCGCCUGCAUCGGCAAUGCUGUGGGACUGGGGAACAUGUGGCGCUUCCCUUACCUCUGCUACAAGAGCGGCGGAGGCGCCUUCCUCGUACCCUACUUCUUGAUGCUGUUCCUGUGCGGCAUUCCACUGCUGUUGAUGGAGGUGACGGUAGGCCAAUACACGCGGCGGGGACCCAUUGCUGCUAUGGGGAAGAUAUGCCCGCUGUUCAAAGGUGCAGGCGUUGGGACGGUGGUCAUAUCCUUUCUUUUGAGCACGUACUACAAUGUCAUCAUGGCUUGGGUCAUCUACUACCUGGUCCAUUCCUUCUACUCUGAGCUGCCCUGGACCAGCUGCAACGCAACCUGGGCCGUGAAUUGCUUCGACGACAUCGGGCCAAAUGUUACUGCUCCCGCGGGAAUGAAAUCAGUCACCGAGGAAUUCUUCGAUGAAGUUGUCCUAGAAAAGACCAGCGGCAUCCAUGAGCCCGGAGAGCUGCGUCUGGAGUUGCUCCUGGCGUUGUUCAUAGCCUGGGUCGUCAUCUACUUUGCUCUGUGGAAAUCAAUCAGAUCUUCCGGACGUGUAGUGUAUGUGACAGCCACUCUUCCCUACCUGCUGAUUAGUGCCUUUGUCUGGCGCGCUCUCACACUUCCUGGCGCCUCGCGUGGGCUGCAGUACUUCUUCAGUCCUCGAUGGGAGCUUCUAGCAAAUGCCGAGGUGUGGAUCAGUGCAGCUGCUCAAAACUUUAACAGUAUUGGCAUAGCGUUUGGGUCAAUGAUUGCCUUUUCAUCGUAUAAUAAAUUCAACAACAACAUCGUGGUGGACACUUGGGCCAUCACCCUCACCAACUCCCUCACCUCCCUUCUAGCUGGCACCAUCGUCUUCUCCACUAUGGGUAACAUUGCACUCGAGCAAGGCAAGGAAAUUGACGACGUGGUGGCAGAAGGUCCCGGCCUGGUGUUCGUUGUAUACCCUCAAGCCCUGGCCAAAAUGCCGUAUGCCAAUGUGUGGGCAGUGCUCUUCUUCAGCCUGAUGCUCGUCCUGGGGGUGGAUUCCCAGUUCGCCACGGUGGAGGUUAUUGUCACAUCCCUAACAGAUGCAUUCCCGAACUGGAUCAAGAAGUAUCUGAGGCGACAUGAGUUUUUGGUGCUGAUUGUCUGUACAGUUUCGUUCCUGCUGGGCAUCCCAAACAUUAUGCAGGGAGGCAUCUAUUUCUUCAACCUAAUCGACUACUACACGGCAGCUAUUUCACUCAUGUACCUGGCCUUCUUUGAGGUGGUGGCCAUCGUAUGGAUAUAUGGAGCCGACCGCCUGGCUCGCAAUGUCCAGGAGAUGACUGGCCGCAUGCCUUCCCUCUAUUUCCGCUUCUGUUGGUAUCUGGCUGCUCCAAUAUUAAUUCUAACAAUAUGGAUAUUUUCAAUGGUGGAUUAUAAGCGCCCAUCAUACAACAAUGGGGAGUAUGCAUAUCCAGACUGGGCCAUUGGUAUAGGAUGGCUCUUUGCCUCAUGUUCCAUUGCUCCUAUUCCAAUAUUUGCUGCAAUAGCAAUUGUUAAUGCCAAAGGAGCAACUUUAUGGGAGAAAGUGAAGAAUUCAAUCAGAUCUCCAAUAGAAGACUGCCCAUGUUGCGGUGAUGCCCUUAAUUGUCUGGAAGAGAAACACCACCACAGCAGCUUCAAGGAAAAGAUCAAGCUUGUGGUGUACACUCCUCAUACAAAUAAUGACACAGUCAGUGAAGGUAAAAUUGAUCAAAUGAAAGAAGCAGAAAUUAAUGGAGAAAAUGUUGUAUGAUUUUAUUUGUAUCUUAAGUAAAAAUGUGUUGUAUUUGUCACAGUUUUGUAGUAAAUGCAAGUAUGAAUGUAUAUAACUAUAUAUAUUGUUUUUAUCUUGAAAAUGGGAUGUAGAAUAGUACAUUAAAGCUGUUAGUCUGUUACAUCAUAUUUGUUAGUUUUGAUAUUUUCAUAUUAUAAUUUUGUGAAAUGACGGAUGUGUCAAGUCCACUUCAGAUUUCUUGUGCCUUUACUUGUACACAGUAAUGAAAGCCAAACCUCCUUUCCCAAUAAAAUUUUCUUUUAGUAAA